GCUCAUGUUGAAGGCGAAGGUGUAGUGGUGUUUAUCAACGAGAGCAGGACGUUUUUUCGGUGUUUUUAAGGGAGAAUUUUUAAAAAUUGUCAUGGAGAAGCCACAGAAGAUGCCCAAAGUGGCGAAGGUAAAAAACAAAGCCCCCGCGGAGAUCCAAAUAACCGCGGAGCAGCUGCUCCGCGAGGCAAAAGAGCGAGACCUCGAGAUUCUGCCACCGCCUCCAAAGCAAAAGAUCUCGGACCCCCACGAGCUGGCAGACUACCAGCAGCGAAAGCGAAAAGCCUUCGAGGACAACAUAAGGAAGAACCGAAUGGUCCUCUCGAAUUGGUUCAAGUACGCCCACUGGGAGGAGACGCAAAAGCAGAUAGACCGAGCAAGAUCGAUCUACGAGCGUGCCCUGGACGUGGACCACAGGAACAUCACACUAUGGCUGAAGUACGCCGAGAUGGAGAUGAGGAAUCGCCAGGUGAAUCACGCGAGGAACCUGUGGGAUCGAGCGGUGACAUUUCUCCCUCGAGCCAAUCAAUUCUGGUACAAGUACACGUACAUGGAGGAGAUGCUGGAGAACAUUUCUGGGGCGAGGCAGGUGUUCGAGAGGUGGAUGGAGUGGGAGCCUGACGAGCAGGCCUGGCAGACGUACAUAAACUUCGAGCUGAGGUACAAGGAGAUCGACAGAGCGAGGAGCAUCUACGAGAAAUUUGUGACUGUUCACCCAGAGGUGAAGCACUGGAUCAAGUACGCGAGGUUCGAGGAGUCCCAUGGGUUCAUCAAUGGCGCCAGGAAGGUGUACGAGAGGGCUGUCUGGUUCUAUGGGGAUGAGAACAUUGACGAGAAGCUGUUCAUAGCGUUCGCCAAGUUCGAGGAGGGGCAGAAGGAGCACGAGAGGACGAGGGUCAUCUACAAAUAUGCUCUUGACAGACUCCCGAAGGACAAGACUCAGGAGAUCUACAAGGCCUACACCAUCCACGAGAAGAAGUAUGGAGAUCGAUCGGGAAUCGAGGACGUCAUUCUCAGCAAGAGGAAGCAUCAGUACGAGCAGGAGGUCAGGGAGAAUCCCUCGAAUUACGACGCGUGGUUCGAUUAUCUCAAACUCUUGGAGUCUGAGAACUCCCAGAAUCAUGAGGAGAUCAGGGAGAUCUUCGAGAGGGCCAUUGCCAAUGUUCCACCGACUAAGGACAAGGAGUUCUGGAGGAGGUACAUUUAUCUGUGGAUUAAUUAUGCUCUUUAUGAGGAACUGGAGACCGAGAAUGUGGAGAGGUGCAGGGAGGUUUACAAGGCGUGCCUGGAUCUCAUUCCUCAUAAACAUUUCACGUUCUCGAAGAUCUGGCUGCUUUAUGCCAAGUUUGAGAUUCGACAGAAGAACUUGGGGGUUGCGAGGAAGAGCCUGGGGAUGGCGCUCGGGAUUUGUCCCAGGGAUAAACUCUAUCGGGGGUAUAUUGAUUUGGAGAUUCAGCUGAGGGAAUUCGACAGAUGUAGAAAACUCUACGAGAAAUUCCUCGAGUUUGGCCCAGAGAACUGCACGACGUGGAUGAAGUAUGCAGAGUUGGAGACAUUGUUGGGAGAUAUCGAUCGCGCUCGGGGGAUUUAUGAGCUCGCCAUAUCCCAACAAACCCUGGACAUGCCUGAGGUCCUCUGGAAGGCAUACAUAGACUUCGAGAUAUCCCAGGACGAGCCUCAGAAUGCUAGGAAUUUAUUCGAACGACUGUUGGAGAGAACUUCGCACGUCAAAGUCUGGAUGACAUACGCCAAGUUCGAGCUGGCGAAUCCAGUCGUGGAGGAGGGGAUCGACAGUGUAACGCUAGCCAGGAGAAUUUUCGAGAGGGGAAAUUCAGCGCUGAGGGCCAGUGGAGAGAAGCAGAGUAGAGCACUCCUGCUGGAGGCCUGGAAGGCCUUCGAAGAGGAGAAGGGAGACGAGGAGAGUGUGGCGAAGAUCAUCGAGAAGAUGCCCAGGAGGGUCAAGAAGAGGAGACGAGUCAUGGGGGAGGAUGGCUCUGAGGACGGCUGGGAGGAGGUCUUCGACUUUAUUUUCCCUGAGGACGAGUCACAGAAACCUAAUUUGAAGAUCCUUGCUGCUGCUCUGCAGUGGCAACAACAAAUGGCUGGGGGUUCGACUGGAGAGAAUGAUGAGGAUAAUUGACGGGGGAUUUAAUCGUGGAAUUUAGAGAUUAUUUGAAGAAUAAAAACAAAAACACUUUGCCUAUUUUGUAAAUCACCUGUGUGACUUUUUAUACCUAGUGGAGUAUUGGUUUUUAUCUGAGAUCGUAAUUUCUGUGGUGACAGUGAAGUCUUGUAAAUUAUAAGUCAUUAUUGUUUGCUAAACGAUCGGGUGAAUGAGUUUUUUUAACAAUUAUUUAAUUCUAUUGUUCAAGGAAUCUAUUACUUUUUUAUUUAUUGAUCGUUAGAAAUAUACAGCAAUGUAUAAAAUAUUCUGACGAUAAAACGAUAGAUUUGUAAAUAGAAAUUCUGAGGAAGUCUUCGACUUUAGUUUCCCUGGGGACGAGUCACAGAAACCUAAUUUGAAGAUCCUGGCUGCUGCUCUGCAGUGGCAACAACAAAUGGCUGGGGGUUCGACUGGAGAGAAUGAUGAGGAUAAUUGACGGGGGAUUUAAUCGUGGAAUUUAGAGAUUAUUUGGAGAAUAAAACACUGCCUAUUUUGUAAAUCACCUGUGUGAUUUUUUAUACCUAGUGCAGUGUUGGGUUUUAUCUGAGAUCGUAAUUUCUGUGGUGACAGUGAAGUCUUGUAAAUUAUAAGUCAUUAUUGUUUGCUAAA